UUGAUCCUUUCUAGUUCAAGGAAGGUCGCUCGCUUCUCGUACUCAUUAGACAUUAGAGACAGAGUUCGCUAAGAAAUUCUGCAACCAUGUUUGGACAAGCGGUUCGACGAUUCACAACCUCAGCCGUUCGUUCUUCACAUUACGCAGAAGGACCAGGGAAGAACCUGCCAUUCUCCGUGGACAACAAAUGGAGACUGCUGGGUGGGAUGGUGUUAUUUUUCGGCAGUGGUUUUGCUUUCCCUUUCAUCGUGGUUAGACACCAGAUCCUCAAGAAGUGAACCUCUGAUCUGCCUGAUAUGGUCCGUUUGAUCAUCUCUGCCCAUCGCAGCACUCUUCAAUAUUGCAAAUGAGGGUCCUGUAACUUUAUUUGUAAAUAAAAUUAUACAUCAUACAA